CCGGUAUACCGCGAUCUGCCGGCAGAAGCGGCGCAGAUUUACCUCCAGCAUUAUUUGAUCAGACUGGACUCGGUCCGAACAUGGCUGGCGACGUGAGGUCACUGGGUAAACCAGAUUAUAAAUUCACCAACUGGGCCACGACCUACUCAUGUCGUCCAGAACUCUACUUCGAGCCGGAAACAACAGAUGAAAUCAGACAGAUACUGGCCUUUGCACAGGAGAAGGGUAAAAAGGUGAAGGUCGUUGGAUAUGGCCAUUCCCCCUCCGAUAUUGCCUGUACAACUGACUACAUGAUCAGCCUUAGUCGCUACAACAAAGUAAUGAAGGUGGACAAGGACUCACUCCAGGUGACGGUGCAGGGCGGUUGUCUGGUGCGGGAUCUCAACAGAAAUAUACUGCCCUCACAUGGCAUGGCCUUCAGUGUAUUGGGAACAGUGUCGGAGCUGACUGUUGCUGGUGUGAUAUCAACUGGAACCCAUGGCACUGGCGCCAAGUUUGGCACCGUAUCUUCAUUUGUUGUUGCCAUGGAGAUAAUGACUGCAUCAGGGGAGAUCCUUGAAAUUUCUGCAGAGAAGAACAAAGAGUUAUUUCCGGCAGCUACGCUGUCCUUGGGGAGUUUUGGCAUUAUCCUCACGGUGACGUUCCAGUGUGAACCCGCAUACAACCUCCACCAGAAACAGUACCCAGCUAAACUAGACCAGGUACUGGAGAAUCUGAACACUUAUGUCACGUCCUCCGACCACUUCCGAUUCUUCUGGUUUCCUCACACUGAUGACGUCGUCUGUUACCACGCAAACCGAACUAAAGAGGAGCCCCGUGUGAAGGGGAGCUGGUUCUGGGACAUGUUGGUGGGCUACUACAUUCUGCAGAUCCUGUACCUGCUCAGCACAUUCCUGUCCUGCCUCGUACCGUACAUCAACCGCUUCUUCUACCACACCCUAUACUCAUCCUGCGCUGAGAAGAUCGACAGGUCGGACAAGAUAUUCAACUUCAACUGCCUCUUCAAGCAGUACGUCAUGGAAUGGGCCAUACCCAGAGACAAAACGGCCGUUGUGCUGUUUGAGCUGCGAAACUGGAUUCUGCAGAGCAGGUUCCCGGCCCACUUCCCCGUGGAGGUCCGCUUUGUGAAGGGAGAUAAUAUCUAUCUGAGUCCGGUUCAUGGCUGGGACGCCUGCUACAUCAACAUCAUCAUGUACAGACCUUUCAACAAGUUUGUCCCGAACGACAAAUAUUGGUCAGCAUUCCAGAAGAUAGUCAUGGAGGCUGGAGGCCGACCUCACUGGGCUAAGGACCACAAGCUUGGACGAGAAGAUUUCCUGAAGCUCUACCCAAAGUUUGAGACUUUUUGUAAAAUCAGAGAAAGUUUGGAUCCUAAUGGAAUGUUCUUGAACUCAAAUAUGGAACGUGUCUUUGGGCAAAGCCCCUCAUUCACAAAAAUUGUUUAAUUUAUGUAUGAAUUUUUAUUGAUGAUAAAUAUCUUUAAGUUUAUUUUAGCUCUGCUGUAAAGACUGGUAAAGUUACUAUGUCAAGUGUAGUUCUACGAUAGUGAUUGGUAAACUUACGAUGUAAAAGGUAACUCUACAAUAAUGGUUGGUGAACUUACUAUGUAAGCUGUAGCUCUACCAUAAAGAUUGGUAAACUUACAAUGCCAUGUGUAGCUCUACCAUAAAUAUUUGUAAAUUUAUGUGACGAGUAGCUCUACCAAAAAAUGGCAAACUUACUAUGUCAUGUGUAGUUCUACCAUAAAGAUUGGCAAAUCCACGAUGCCAUGUGUAGCCCUACCAUAAAGAUUGGCAAAUCUACGAUGUCAUGUGUAGCCCUACCAUAAAGAUAGGCAAAUCUAUGAUGUCAUGUGUAGCCCUGCCAUAAACAUUAGUAAUCUUAUGAUGUCAAGUCUAUAGUCCGUUUGGCUCAAAAGCGGACCCGAUGAAUUGCAAUCAAACUAUCAUUAAAAUAUUUUGACACAGUUCACUGUUUGUUACGAGGGAGGAGUG